AAACUCAACAGUCAGGCAAAGGUUAAAUGCUAAGAGCAGUAGGGUGUGUCAUCUCAUUUUAAUUUAAUUAUCACCUGGCAAGAGAAGAGGUUCCAAGAUGAGUUCCAGCCCUGAAGUUUCUUUCCAGCUCAGCAGGUUGUUGCUGCAGUUACUUACUCAGGAAAUUUAGGUGGAGUUCUCUUCUUCAGUGUCUGUUCUGAUCUCUGCCUUCCUUUUUCUUAUCCUCUCUUUUUCUGUCUCUCUCACACACUCACACAAAUCUUUUUAGAAGCUUUCCCUGAAGCUUAGCUGUGACCAGGCUACUGAGUAACAAAGAGUGCACUUUUGCUUGUUGCCAACGCCACAGAAAACUUAAGCAAGAUGGUUAAAUAUGGCCUGGAUUAUACCCGGUGCAGGUGGAUCUUGCCUCUUCUUGUGGGCUUGGCAAUGAUCUUUGGCAUCAUUGCGCUGGCUGGUAGGGGCUGGAUGACCACACAAACCUUCCCAUAUAUACGGCGUGCUUCUUUAUGGAAUAUAUGUCUUAUGGAAGAAGGAUGGGCAUGCAGGUCUCUAAUGAAUUACGCUUGGGGAAGAGGUGCAGCUGGCACAUUCAUGGUUGGAUUUGUACUCAUCGUAAUCUGUUUUUGUUUGUCCAUCAUUGCAUUUGCCAUUCCUACGCUUCGUUUCAACUUCAUUAGAGGAAUAGGAGGCCUUUUGUUUGUGGCUGCGGUGUUCUCAUUAAUGGGCCUUGUCAUCUAUGCAGUAAUGAUCACAAAAUAUAUUCCUCCUACAGCUGGUAUGGUUACUCAGCUUGACUGGUCCUAUGGCUUUGGAUGGACCAUGUGUAUUAUGGGAAUAGGUCUUGGCUUCUUCUUCUGCUGUCUCCCCCUCUAUGAGGACCAUAUUUUGGGCAAUGUCAAACCUUAUUAUUAUCCUGAUAUAUAACUGAUACUAAGAGCACCAAGGCCACCGUCUUGCUUCCUUGGGUGUUUGGUUUCCAAGGAUGCAUACAGAGGAAAACUUUCCCUUGUAUCCCUAUGAACACCCACCUGGCUACGCAUUAUUAGAACUAAAAAGAGAGUCCAUAACUUUGAAAAAACACACUAAGGACAUUUUAAAUGUGUUAAAAUAAGACAUCUCAAUUUAUGGUUGAUUUAAAUUAGCUGUGCUAUUAAACCUCUCCAGCUCCCCAGAUGGGGCUGAAAUAAUAAGUUUUUUUAUGGUUGUGUGUUUUGAGCAGGUCACAAUACAGUUGUAUUUUUUAAGUAGAGAAGAUUAAUCCAUGAUCCAUUUAUAAUGGUGCAGUUGAUUUGUUAUAUAUUUAACUCAACCUGUUCUGUCUCCAGUAAAACUGAAUUGUACUUAUGACACUUAUAAAUAUACUUAUAAAUAUCACAUCAUUGUAAUGUAGAUCUGUUGUGUCAGGCAGAAGAAAUAAUGUGUCAGUGAUGGCAUUAUUUAGCCAAGGGAUUCUGGUAUCUUUAUUAAAAUAUUCAAUAACAUUAUGGUAUGAAACAAUUGUUUUGGCUAGUAUAUUAAUUAAAAUCAAAUCUGUUAUCUGUGAUGGAAUUAUUUAAUUAUCUGACAUCUGAGCUCCUGACAUCUGUAAGUAUUAUGGCCUUCUCAAUUUGAUGCUCAUAUAUUGCAGGUAAAUGCUUUUCUUCUGAGGUAUCUUUCACCCUGUUGGUAUAUUACAAUGAAUGCACGUACAUCUUCCCUGUACAUGUAUACAUCUGCUUGCAAAAAACAGACAACAUGUGUACACUUCACAAAUGAAACUGGAAACUACCUAGAUAAAUGUAGGCUUAGCAUCUCAUGUUCUGUUGUACAGGUAUCGAAGCAUGAGAUUUCCUUAGUGCACAUACACAAAGACCAAUCAAGUGUACGGUGUAAAUGAAUUGUAUGUGCAUUCACUGUAAUUUGUGAACAGGGCUGAAUGAGUGAAGGGAGUUUUACUGUUUUAGAGCAUUAUACUAAUGAUUGGAAAAUGAAUUUUAGAGGCACAAAAGAAAAUUAAUUUAGCCAGUCAGUCAAUAUCUUUGUUGGCAUAAAUUAAAAUAAAGGAAAGCCAAUAAUAAAAUAUACAGAAUGCAAUCAGAAAUCGAUGAUUCUCUCCAGAACUUUAUAGGAAUCAGAAGAAACCUUGCUAUUGAGAGGGUGAUAUGAGAACACUGAUCCAAUAAAGAUGGGAAAUAAGGGCAACUUCUGGGAGGCUGUCCCUGUUGUAUAAAAUACAUCCUGGCUGUAUUUGGACAUAAAAUUCACAUCAAAGCAAAAUAUGAGCAAUUGAUUCUGUUUUUCUACUAUUGCAUGGGCAGAUUCUUUUGUGGUAAGGCAAAUUCACAAAUCUCCCGUAGAGAACAUCUGAUGAGAAGACAUUAAAUGGUGUGAACAUAAAAGCAUGAUGUAGUUGUGGGGCUGUAAGCUGUGUAAAAUAGGCAGCUGAAAGCCACUGUCUUGCUGUCAUAGUAAACUGCAGAGGGGAACAAGUUUUAGCUAUAAGAGAUCAGAGAGUUUGUUUCUCAAUGUCAAGGAGUCUCUGUUUGAAGGAUCUAAAUACUUGAAGUUCAUCUAACACAAAAAGAGAGCCCAGAGAUAUACCAAUUGCCUGUAUUUCCCUCAAGAUUAAAUAAAACCAGUUAGAUGAAUAUGAAUCUGACAGUAUCUGGGAGAUGUAACUACUAGGCCCUUCCCUGUAAUGCAGGUGUAACCAAAAUCAGAAGACCCUGCCCUCCAGGCCCAUUUAGUUCUUGUCUUGGGUUUCCCCUCCCCCAAGCUCAGGAAAAGGGAAAGCCCUUUCAACACAGGCAGGGACAAAUACUUUUACCAAAAUCUUAGAAAGUCUAUACCCUUUCUUCAGGCUAAAACAGUAGACUGCCACAAGGCUCUGAGACUAUUCCGAAUAACUCCAGAGGCAGAGCCAGCCUCUGAGCCUUUCAGGGGAGUUAUUCCAGAAGUCCAUCCUGCAAGGUAGGCAUGCAGGACUGAGUUUCCAAACAAAACUUUUAAUAGUGAAUUAGCAAGUCGAGGUACCUGGAUUUAGCUUUGAGGCUGUAGAAACAAAAUUCAUAUAGGAUUAUUAAAAAUAAAUGGUUUAUUUAAGUGCAAAUAUAUUUUUAAAGACAAGACUUGUGAAGGAACAAAACAAUAUAACCUAUUCUUCUCCAGACUAACUAGCCACAAAGCAUAUAGUUACCAAGAUUCCAAAUGAACAAUAUGUUCUCAGAACAAGACAACAGCUUCAGCCCUUAGUUGGGUGCAGUAUUCAAACUGCCAGCUGCCACUGACAUGAUGAUGAGGAGUCAAUGGUUUAAGCAGCUGACCCCUAAGCAAAGUAUAGGGUGACUUAUAGGAAUAGAGUCAGAUUGCCUCCUGGGCCUUGGAGCCAAUCAGAGUCUAUGAAGCGAUGUAAUCUUCUUCCUUGACGCCGGAGACCAAGUGCCACAUGACUAUUGAUUUGUCCUUGGUUCUCAGGCUAGAUGCUUACCCUCAGCUGUAAAGAAUCUCUUAACUGGAAGCUUGUUAAAGAUGGUACCAGCUUCCAGCAGGUGGUUGAUACUUGAAGGCCACAUUCCAUACCGAUUAGCCCUCAUGAGAGAGAGUUUUUGACGUUGAGAGGCUUAGCUAAGAUCUCUGAAGCCAGACUGCUUGACCAGAGUUUUGUUAGGAACUCAAAAAGCACUACUGCUCUAUUACUGAUAUUUUACUUGUCUGCACUUCAGAAAUGUACAUGCAGAAUCAGACAAUGGCUGCAAAUAUAUAAUGUGGAGAUUAUCUAGUGCAAGUCUGGAGCAUCCAGCUCAUAAAGCUUCCUGUAGCAGUGUUUGUACUCACAUUGCAAAGAUGACUAGGAAAAUUUUUGCCACCAUUACACACAGUUUUAACAUGUGAUUUGGGAUAGUAACCUAAGUUACCCUUACUUAUGGAAUACAUACCUACUGUAUACCUAUGUGGAAUACAUAUUUAUAUAUACAAUGUUUCCUGAAACAGGGUUGCCAAUUCUAAGUUGGGAAAUUCCUGGAUGUUUGGGGGUGGAGCUUGGGGAGGGAACUUAGCAGGGUGCCAAGCCAUAGAAUCACUCUUUUUCCAGAAAAAAAAGCCUUGAAUGGGAUUUCAUUUUACUACAGUGAAAGCAAAACUAUGUAAAAUAAUGUUUUAUUAAAGUUCCUGCUUUUUUGUAUUUGUAUCUUUUAAUAGUGCUAUUGAACUUUAAAUAAACUACACAGCUUUCCUUUGAAGUCAAUAUUUGAAUAAAAAUCUGUAACAAGAUG